CGAUAGUGGGCGUGCAACGUAGUUGCCAGUAUGAAGGACAUACGACGAUAACGCGUGGCAUUCGGCGUUUUCUAGUCGCUAUUGUGGUUGUACUCUUCAAAAUCACGUUUGAGUUGUAGAUCGUUUAUGUUUGUAUGUAUUUCGCAACCAUUCUUUUCUGAAGUUCCUCGCGCUCACAAGUGUGUCUUCGGUUUAUCUCGAGGAGAUGAAUUGUUGUAUAUUCUCCUCGUUUAUUUUUGAUUAUGUGUAUACCGUAUACACUCGUGUAUGAACUAAAAAAAGAGUAUCCCUCUAUUGAUGCGCCAUCUCACCGAAUACAUGAGGCCACCUGAUGAUGCCAGGCAGGGGAGAAAUUGUGAUCGGAGUUGUGGAAAGUGAAUCGGCUUCUUUUUUGUUUCGCUUUCCUGAGACAGGGACAGCGAGGAUGGCGAUGGAAGAGGACGACACGGAUACCAGCUGUGCAUCGUGGUGGCUGUGUCGCGGACUUCAGAGUUCGAAUUUUGUGACGGUGUGCAACGACCGCGGCGCGCUUUCUCGCAAACAGGAACAAGUAGGGGUAGGCAUUCUCGCUACUUCCCGGCGUCAGUCAACAUCCAACGGGUCCGGGCCGCUCUUGUGAGUGCAAGGCAGAGCGUGCUAAACGUGGAGGCGCUGCCGUUUCAUCACGUAGUCCACGAUAUUAGUAGCACAGCUCCAGCAGAUUCAGCAAAUCGGGCGGCAUUAUUUUUCGCACGUUACCCCAUCGGGCGGCAUUUCCCGCACGAUACCCAACGACAUCGCCCCAACUCAGUACAGCAUCACCAUCCCCAGUGGUGCAUCGGAACAGGCGCCACACCCCGGGAGCGCUUUUCCCUUCAUCUGACAUCUCAGCACCGACCGAAUAGUCGUGAAAGGAAGUGCUUCUACGCGGAUUUCAGCUGCAGACUUACGCUGAGCAUUAUUUUCAUUUCGUCCCUCGGGAUCAACAGAAGUAAUAGAGCCCGGAUGCCGUGGAGUAUUUUCUCGCAGAAGCCGAAACCUCAGGCGCCGAUUGGGCCAUGGCUUAGAGACCUAGAUGACGAGCGGUAUUGGACGCUUUUUCAACAAGUCGAGGGAAAGGACAAGGCUUGUCUGCUCGAGGAAGCCCAGAAGCGAGAUGUCCCGGCCUGGAUUCAAGAGACUUUGUCAGCCGGGAUUGAGCAGCAACAAGACAGAGAGCGCCGUGCUAGGAACUUGGAAAAGCUGCGGCGAGGGCAACUCAACAAGGACACCCUGGAGUCCCGAGGAGCAGGAGAAGCACAAUCGGGGAAGCUGAAUCGAAGCACGCCUGCUCUUCAACAAUCUGCUGCGAUCGGGACCGCGACCUCAAAGCCAAAUGCUGGUGGGGAGAUCGUCGUGUCGGGCAACAUCUUCAACGCACGACGAUCACCUACGUCCUCUCCACCGGUUGACCGAGAAGCGGGCGUUGCUGUAAACAGUACAGGGCUUCUUGUUCCGGACCGCGAUAAUUCCGAUGAAUACGAUGACUUUGACGCGGGUCGUGCAGCUACACGUGCGAAAAACAUAAGCAAGCGCGGUCGCGACGAGGAGGACGAUGACGUGAGUCCGUGGUGGAAAGGCCGCAAAAACCGCUUGCGCAAAGUGAGGCAGUUGGAAGAAAGUCGCCAUGAGACACAGCGCAAAGUUCGAGUAAGUGCGGCACCUCGUGAGAUUUACUUUGGCAGGGCUUGGGGGCCAGCGAACGCGAAAGGCAGCCGGGUGGGUUUCGACACGGAAGAUCAGGUGAUGGAACACGAGGACCAGCUGCAGGAGGAGCGACGCGAAUUGCAGAUUGCUGAAGAUGAUGCAGUCCGAGGUGAAGAACACGACUCUGCGCCGGAUCGUACAACGAAGUUUCGCGUGCUACACGUUGCCGGGAUAGCAGAUAGCAACCGCGCUGGCGUGCGUUUGCACCGGAGUGGAAAAAUCGAUCACCACGUUGCGACGGCAAUGGCAGAGAGUGUGCAAAACCAGCGCGCGGUCCGUGUGGUGCCGCCUCACUUACACAUGGAAAACCGCCCUCCGGUGGUCCUUGACGAUGAGAAUUUGCGGGAAGAAGAUUUUUCAGACCGCGAAGAAAAUAAACACUCCCCUUUCAGCACGACCGCUGCACCGUCGCCGAAAAAUCAGUACAAUUGGAAGCGCGCAAUUUCGGACUUUUUUCACUUCGGCACGCGCCCGCAAGGAGACUGGGACGAGAAGCGUUUCCAAUUGCGCUUAAAGGAGCAAGCAAAGACGAAAGGCGCUUUGUUACGAGCUUUCCAAGCACGACGAGAUGGAGAAUUUGAAGAGCAGAAAAUAAAAAGCGAAGACGGCGAGACGGCUGCAUUCACGUUGGAACGUGCACAGAGGGAGGCGCGGUCGCGGGAGGGCCUCCUGCUGAACGCGAUGCAGGAUUUUGAUGACUCGGAGUUUUUGCGACUAGACGAGGUGUUGCAACGUAGAGAAGAGGCUCGAAGGGACCACAAGGAAGACGCGCUGCCGCGCCCCAAAUCCACCGUGGAGUUCGCGAGAAAGCUCGCAGGAAUUCCCGUCGAGGUACUAGAAGAGGUGGAGAGGCGACGCGCUUUCACUUUGCAGAAACGGAUCGAGAAACAGCCCUGGUGGCAACAGCGCGAGCGAUUCGUUCGCCGCAUCGCGGACUCGGCACAGCAUGAGGAGGACUCUGACAUUGUGGCCACAAGUCGUGGUAACAAUAUAACGAAAAGCGAAAACAACAUCAACGCGGCCACCAGCCUCAUGUCCUCUUCCUCCAUGUCGAUCCUGAGUGCCACAACCGACGAGCAGAACUCUAGUGCCGACCCCGUGCCAAGCCUCGUGAGCCGUGCGGUGAGCGAAGCGCUUGUUCAAAUGGGAUUAUCUUCAUCUUCGCGGGUUACGAGGCUGAACGAUGAAAAUCUGCGUCGACUGGACCUCCGAACAGGACACCCGGGCAGAAGGGAACGCGUACCAACUGCCGCGGUGAACGAUGCCAACAGCUGUCUGUCCGACGAUGCGUCCUUGAUCGCCCAAGACGGAAAAGACAUCGCGCGCGCAGGUGUCUUCAAAACGGAUGUGCACACAAUGCUCACGCGCGAAGGCCGGCGAGGUAAAAAUAGCUCCUGUUCUACUGCUCCUUCCAGCAUGCUAAAAAAACAAGAAGCAGCACCUGCUCCCCCAGGGGAGGAUCUACAUCGAGAUCGACUCAACUUUCAGCACAAGAACACCCCCGCUCCUCGUGCAACAAGUUCCACCUCCGACUCCUGCAUGUCACAACAAGGAAUACACCAAGAAAUGCCCGUCACUAGACAUAGACUCAAACGCCAGCAGCAGCAUUUGGCUAUGUCGCCGGCUCCUGGAGCUGCUGAGGCAGCCGUCAACGGUGGGGUACUUUCUAAUUAUUCCUCUGCUCCUCCUGGCGACAUCGAUGAAGAGAGAGCUGCUGUUCGUACGGCGCUUAUUGGUCAGCACCAAGCUUCCAGCUUGUGGUCCCGUUUUGGGUUUCAUAAGCAAGAGGCGUACCGUCUACCGAAGGCAAAGGACCACGAGAUCAUUGACGUGCAAGGAGCUGAGGAAGCUCCAAUCGCAGCAGAAGUUUUGAAUGAUUGUAUAGCCGCGGGGACGAGUUGGACGAGUUCGAAACCCGCAAAGUCGUAUCGCGAUCCGUCGUCCCUACCCCGAACGAUUCUGCCGUUGGAACCCUUAGCCUCGCGCAGCGCUCAGAUGGUAAGGAAUGCCUUGUUCAAUUUCGACAAAGGAGCUCCUCGCAACACAACACGGCUACCCCGGGAACGGAGUCCAGAAGUAGAAGAUGAAGCCAAAAAUGAAAAUGUUGAAGAACAGGAUGAAGACGGGCAGAAGAACGGCCGCCGCGAGGAGAAACAACAUCGACGAGCAAUUAAUAUCGGAAGCGCAUUUCAUAAUAACCAAGCCCGACAGGAGAGACAGAAGAACAAGGUCGGCACGCCAGCGUCGCGCGCCGGUUCUCUCGACCGCCGUGGUCGUCAGACGCCGGCCCCAGACGAAAAGACGCUGCUUCACUUUGUGGCGCCCACCAACGCCUCUGCACCGCCGCAAUUGAGUGCCAACACGCUUCUCGGAAGCGGCCUCACCCUAGCGGACUUGGAGACACGGUACCCCGGGGCGGUCCGUUGCAGCGGUUUCUUGCCGCUAGUCGAUGCAGUAACUAACGGUUUUCGUGGUGAAAAACUCAGCGUCGCCAACUAUCCUGAUGCGUUCUCUUCCGGCCCUGGUGGGGGAAUCUGCAGCGGCGAAGUGGACAUCAAAGCGCGCCACGGGCGAGACGCGGUGAGGAGCAAUAAAGAAAUCGCAGAGGACCACGUCGACAAAGGUGUGAAACUAAACAACUACAACACAUCAGGCAUGUGCUUGUCGACGACGACGCAGGUCAUCGCAAUAGGCAACGGAAUCGUGCCACUUCUCCGGAUUGGCGGGGGUCGGCUAGAUGAAGAUGCCCCGACCUGCACCAGCGGCAGCGGCGGUGGUAGCAAUAAACAAAAAAACAUUUCCGGCAGAACAUGGAGUUGGGCAGCCGAAAACUUUUCCGAAUAUGCUCCUACCCUGCGGGGGCACGGCACGCACGCAAACGCCUCCGACACACACGGCCAAACUACAAAUAACACUCAACAAGCCGGAAGUAAGAACUCAUACUGCUUCAGUGCUAACACAGCAUCCAGCAGAAUGCAACAGCAGAGACUGCGAGCACUUGCCCGACCCUCCCUUGAAGGACGACUACUGCGCGUUCAACUCGCGCGGGUGCGCGAGGCUAAGCCUCCGAAGAACCCUGGAUGCCUUGCUAGCUGCUAUCAUUGUCUGUCGUUUUCGGGCGGGUGUUGCUGCUACGGACUGCAAAAGGGUUGCGCCUGCCUCCGCCGGUGGUUCUGCGAUCCCAUCGUGCUUCCCCUUUGGCUGCAGCCGGCUUUCAUGUUGUUUCGUGUGCUUUUCUUAUACCUUCGCGUGUUCUGGCACUGCGGAAAGCGUGAAGAAGUGACGACAAAGCCCAGCGCCCUUGGAGGGUUGUCACUCGGAGUGUUGAAAAACGAGACGAGAUACCUUGACAUUCAGCGAUUUCGCAGUCGCAAACGCGAGGACGAGUCCGGUCUCACCGUCGUUUGGAAUGACUACAUUCAGACUGGUCGUUUGCAGUUCUCACCGACAACAAGUCGUGGGUCAGCGGCUUCACCAGGCAGUCCAAAGAGGAGUGCGCGCGAAGUCCUAAUGGAACGACAUCGAGAAGGCGAGCACCUGCUCACGCAGGAGGAAGAUGCUGGAAGCGGAGCAGCACUUGUCGUGGAUAGCCUUGUCAACCCUGACGAUCAGGUUGAUGAUAACGCUCAGGAGCGGAAGAACGAAACCACGGGAGAACAAGAGCACGACUACACUUUCGAUCUUUGCCACGAUGUUGAAGCACCGGGCGGAAGCGUUGAGGUGGACCUUGUGAGGCAUUGUGAUCGUCCCCUGCAGCUUGUGAAAGAGAAUACGAGCAGCAGCAAGGAGAUCUCCCGAUCAGCGGGUUGUGAAUCUACUUCCGCUGGAUACUUUCACUGUCCUGAAAGAAAUAACGAAGAUAUGAGGGAGCAUUCUGAUGGAGUUGCAGUUGCCACGCCGGAUGCAGCUGAUCAUUCCCAACGCAACAUGAGCAUGAUCGUGGAGCACAGCGAUCACCACCACGAUCACCACGUCACCCAAUGCGGCAAGAACAGUACAUCAAAAAACAGUCCGUCAGUUGUAAUUCCUAGUCUUUGGCCAGGCGAUGCGCGUUCGGAGAACACGGUAGCGCAGCGCCCAUCCCCGCAACAGAACCGUGCACAGGAUAUUGGUGCUGGUAGGCACCGGCGGACUCAGUUUCUCCGAGAAGCCGCCACGGCCCGGUCGCGUGAACUAUGUGCCCAGCAUAACCUCUCCCCCGCAGAAGCAAAGUCGCGGGUGAAGCGAGAGUUGAUGAGCACGAUACUAGAUUCCAGCCACUCCCCGCUUCUCUCGAUAAACACCGAGCUGCUCGAGGAGCACCAGAAACUACAAGGAAGUCGAGCCAUAAGGAAACCGACGUUGCGAAGCGAUGUAGAGCAGGAGCGCGGCCAUCACGUUCGAAUUGACGCUGCCAGCACGGACCUGCUAUCGAACAAGGGCGAGGGAGAUGAUUUCGAACGUGACGAGGAGAGUACCAGUACGACCACACCAGCGAGGUUUUUUCAUUUUCCCAAAGUGCCCGAGAAGGCUCCGGAGCAGCUUGAGCUCGAAAAGAUUUUGGCGGGUUACGGGCUUGACGGGACUACAAACCGGCCUCUAGAGCUCUUUCGCGGCGGUCGGAAGCCACGCCGAGUGGUCGCAGGCUCGCUGGCCCGGGCGGUGGGGAAUAAGAAUCACCUACCUUAUGGAUCUGUCAGGUUCAAAGGAGACAAAGUGAAAGAAACAACAAGUAUGUAUGAAAUAUUUCGUCACGACGCUGCAUCAAGAAACCUACCAGUUUGACUUUGACACACAAUCUCUAGGCGGCGCAUGUUGACAAAUCUUGGCAUCGCCGAAAUGCAGUCUGUCGUCUGUGACGCUGUUUGGGAAAAGGAACCUGCUUCGUCCGUUAUGAUACUAUACUUACUUGUCCAGUUCUAUCCGAUCUCUCUCUACUACCCCUAGACAGGGUCACAAACACAAUCGGCUCCACUUGCCACCCCUACAAGACAGUCACUUAGUUCCUUGCGUUUUAUGCAUUACCGAGGAUGGUGGUGAUUGGAGAUGGCAUCGGUGCGCCUGACUGCGCGACCUGGUGGCCUGACCAUCUGCGGAAAGGCGGCCUUAGGGGUGGCGUUGUGGUUUCGGUCGGUUUAUUGGCAUUGCAGAUUUUGUCAAACUCACACUUUGCCGAUUUCAAUCCUGACGCUUCCAUAUCUCUGUGGAUACAGUUAGUGCUUUACUGAACGCCUUCGACGAUGGGCCGGGCGGAGUAUGCAUUGCAAAUAUGUCUUGGUCUGGAAGACGAAGAUUGCAGCCUUCUUGUCAUGCUGCCUUUGCCUCUGGAUUCGAAAAAAAUUAAAAUAUGUCUUGCAUGAGCAGUUGGGUAGGAGUCCAGUUUUUGCUGUGCAGAGAGGACAUUUUUCAUGCAGGGUAAGCAUCAAAAACCAAACGAAAUCGAAAAGCCCUCAAAAAAUCAGCGAUGCUAGGACAUGCAGCAUCACAGACAUCACGGGUCAUGCAAAACGUGCGUGACAAACUAGCGCCCUUUUCCUUUUCUAGACCCAGACACAUUUGUACUUGAUACGGAGGGUUGCUGAACGAAUUCGAGGCCGACGGACUGCGGCCCUUGGCUCUCCACGAUCCACCUACCGCAGCGAAGAUCGACCUACAACUCGAUGGCGCGCAACAAGACCAACGAGGAGAUGCACUAAGAUCAAGAAGAUCCUCGGAGAGCACCAGAGGAAGUAAUUGUAAUAGAAACUGUCAAAUGGAAUUGGAAAUGCCAAGCGAAAAUGCCACAGCUGUGCAAAGCAGAUACCAGCAUCAAACGCUCCAAGAGCGAGCGGCCGAUGUUUUCCGCUGGACACUUGCACUGGCGGAAAGAGCCAGAGGCCGCUCUGCAAACGAAUGCAGCAGCGAAACAGGUAUGAAGAAUAAUACGAACAACGCUACGAAAAGGAAUAGCGAGCUUGGUCCAGAGCAAUUCGAGUCCUCAGUUGUGCUCACUGAUGAUCUGUGUGUGUACGUAAAUGGGCGAGUAGUUCGCACUCGCUUUGACGCCCGGUAUACCAAACAAGGCCAGUACUUUUUUGAAAACUCGCCCCCAGCAACUUCUGUGCAGAAAGACAAUCAUAAUGGCCGCUUUGCUUCAUCAUCAUCGUCAUCCGCAACAACAAAGUCGAAAGGUGCUUCUACUGCAACUUCGUCGCUCAUCAGUCAUAAAAAACCGCACUUGCUAGACAGUGGCAAGACCCUCUCUGUCCUAUUCACAACCACGCGGCUGACACUCUACCUCGACACUGUCCCACUACUUGUGUUUGGCUUCACGCACCGCGACAGGGACUACCAGGAUAUCGUAUCUGCGUCUGAGCCUCGAUCAACGCGGCGGAAGCUAAGCACCGAAAUUUGGCCUCUCGUGGGCAUUGCAAAAAAUCAACACGUUCAGGAAGUAAUUCUCGUCAUGUGCUCCUCCAAUUCUCAAGCUUGGGAGGAGAGCACUUCGGUUUCGUCUCAUUCUCAAGGAAGUCGACAAGCGAAGCUGCAUGUCCUCCUCGAACAACACGGAAAGCUGAAUGUGAAUCAGAAUCACGCUACAACGUCUGCAGCUACAACCAGUGAUAGCGGCGCACAGAAACUGCAAGCAAAAGAAGAAAAUCUAAACCCUCCCGUCCCGAAAGCAGAACACCUUCAAAUCGAAGUGCCCACUUGCAGCGCCACCUACGCGGAAAGCGUUUGCUCUCCAGCAGAUUUCUCUUUGAUUCAAGAACGAGUGGUAGGUCGAAAGAACCCGCGCGUGCUUGCUGCAUCUGCGAAGCGUAGAAGAUCCCAAAACUUUCGAAUCGAGGCGCAGAUAGAUGACGCGGAUGACAGCACGCGACCGCCAGCAGGAUAUGACGACAGCAUGAUACUCGCCGACCGCCUGCUCCGGCGACCAACAAGCUACGACCGAGAGCUCCACCGACUUGCUAGUUCGUGGAUGAUAUUACUGAAAGCACAUAUAUCUGGGUCUGGAAAGAACGCGCCAACUUGUGAUGCCGAGUCUGGAGUGCACAAAAAUGCAAAUGUGUCUUUCAUAGUGAGUAAAAAGUGUGCGCUUUUUGUCUCCCGAAAAUGGCGCGCCUCAUAGUAGACACAAGCGAGACAGCACAAACACGGUCACGGAGAAGCCUGCUCCGAGGAUCUUCUAAUGCUCUGCGUCUAUCUCCAUUCCAGAAGCAGAACUUCUUGCAGGUGAAAAAAUGAAUGACAGAGACAGAUGUCAGCAUUCGUCCAACACCAACAGACCCGGAUAUACUAGCCAGGGGGAAGGAAUCUCUAUCCCGAAGCGAAAUCGAGAGCACUGGGAGGGGGGAAGCAGAACUAGAAGGAAAGGACGGGGGGGAAGGGUACGGGUGUGUCAGCUAGUCAGUUUCAGGUAGCCACUGGGGUCCUGGUUGUUUCGAUGAGAUUCGAGACGCGGCCGCUCUGCUCUUGGCCAAAUUAUAUAUUUGCGGAGCUCUUGCGGAUAAUUCUGGCUAUGGAGCGGCAUUUAACUUGGCAAGUCGCUGGCUGCCGAUCUUAUUUUUCCGCAGGUGUGGGCCGUUUUGUGGAUCUUUGCUUGUGCGUUUAUUUUGAGAACUAUGCGCGUUUGAAGAUCAUGGCGCGCCUCAUAUUUUCCGCGGCGGGACUUUCUCGGAAGCUUGGCCGGAGCUUUUGCGUAGAAAGAUCGGGAGGGCGUUCGCGCCGCCUCCUUCUCUAUGUGCGAACAGAUUCCGGCGGCCAUUUUCUCCCGUGUUUUCUUGUGUCUGUUGCGGGGCCUGUUUCUCUAUCUGCGAACAGUUUGAAAACCACGCAGAAGCGACGAGGCAAACGGCGGAACACAACGAGGCGGGGAGGCCAGACCUUCGGGACAAGGAAGAUAGAGACGGGAAAGAGUGGAAAGACGAAAAAGGCGGGAAAAACUGAACAGACUGCGAGAACUGGGAGGGCUAGGGAAGCCUGUAAGAAAGACUGGGGCGGCUGAGGGGGCUGAGAAGCUCAAAAGGCGAAUGAGGUUCGAAAGGUUGAGCAAACUGGAGAAGCCGGGAAGGCUGAAAACCUGGGAAGGCGGGGAAACGAAAGCGAGCAAGCCUGGAAGCGAAGGCGCUGACUUGCUGAGAGGCCUCGGCGUCGCUUUUGCCUAGAGCUGGAGGGCGUUCGCGCCGCCUCCCUCUCUAUGUGCGAACAGAUUCCGGAAGCUGUUCCGCGUUUCUCUUUGUUGCGGCGGCUGUUUUUCUGUCAUAGAACUGCUAAGGCAACCGAGAGGCCAGCAGCUCCAUGGAAAAGUCCGGCGGCCGCAGAGCCCAAAGGAGGCGCGGCGGGGCCCCGUUGCUGCAGCUUCGCAGCUUCAGCAGGCAGAUUGGCUGGCGCGCCUGAAACAGCUGUGGCAGCUCGAUAAGUAAGCGGAGCAGGCAGGAAAAGCCCGGGGUAGCUACAAAACCGGCUGUAGGUAGUUAAAGGACCGGCUUUAGUUAACAAGGCGGGUGGAGCUAACGAGCCGGGUUUAGCUAACAAGCCGGCUUUGGGUAAAAAACCGGCUUUAGCUAAAAAAUCGGCUUCAGCUAAAAAACCGGCUUCCGCUAAAAAAGAAACCGGCCGCGGCUAACAAACCGGCUUCAGCUACAAAGCCGGCUUGGGCUUUAGCUAGAAAACCGGUCUUAGCUAAAAGAGCCGGGAACGAAGCUGGGAGGCCGACAGGCUGGGAGGUGGACAGGCUUGCUGGGAAGGUGGGGGGCUUGGGGGCUUGGAGGGCCAAAGGCUAAAAACGGAGAAGCGAAAACGAAAAAGCCAGGAGGCAGACAGGCUGGGAAGCGAGCAAGCUUGGAAGCGAAGGCGCUGACUUGCCGGGAGGCCUCGGCGUAGAAUUUGCGUGCCUAGAGCGGGAGGGCGUUCGCGCCGCCUUUCUCUAUGUGCGAACAGACUCGGGAAGCUGUUCCGCCUUUCUCUUUAUUGCGGCGGCUGUUUUUCUGUCCUAGAACUGCUAGGGCAACCGAGAGGCCAGCAGCUCCAUGGAAAAGCCCAGCGGCCGCAGAGCCCAAAGGAGGCGCGGCGGGGCCCCCGUGCUGCAGCUUCAGCAGCUAGACUGGCUGGCGCGCCUGAAACAACUGCGGCAGCUCUACAAAACCGGUUUUAGCUAAAGGAACGGCUCGAGCUAACAAGCCGGGUCUAGCUAACAAGCCGGGUUUAGCUAACAAGCCGGCUUCAGCUAAAAAAUCGGCUUCAGCUAAAAAACCGGCUUCCGCUAAAGAAGAAACCGGCGUGCUCAGCUAAACGACCGGCGUCAGCUACAGUGUCGGCGUCAGCUACAGCGAAAAGAACCGGGAAGCCGGGAAGCCGGGAAACCGGGAAACCGGGAAACCGGGAAACCGGGAAACCGGGAAACCGGGAAACCGGGAAACCGGGAAACCGGGAAACCGGGAAACCGGGAAACCCUGGAGUGGUUUCGGGUAAGGGUAUCGCUGGAGUGGUUUCGGGUAAGGGUACGCGGGGAGUAAUAAAGUGCUUCACGAUUUCAGUACUUUCGGGCAAUUUCUACCUUUCCCGGGUCUAUAUAUAUUUCCGAUCGAUAGAUGAAGCUUGCCCUUGAAGAGCGCAGCACCGGUUUCCGGAAGGCGCCUUGCCCUAGUCUGUGGGAAGAGGAGCAGGCAUUUCUCGCGGGGAAGAUGCUCUCGUCGCUGAACAACCGGUACGGUGAUUUUGGCGAGCUGGUUGACGUGGAGGGGGUUGCGUCCUCUACGAGGAAGACGCGCAGAAAUAUGGGAGUGCCGGGUCGAAAGUUCUCACAGUGGAAACGCUAAUGCUUCGCCAGCAUGCAUGAAAAUAAAUAUAGUAAAAUCGAUACCAGUUGUAGUCUCACCCACCAUUUGUGGUCUCAUCCACUAUGUGUAAGCGGCACACGAAAAGUUCUGCAUCUUCUCACAACGUCUAGUAUCAAUUAUGUACAACGCUGUUUGGCUUUGGUGCAAACUACAUACCUGGCGCCCAUGGCAUGCUCUUUUGCAAUCCUUACCAUGGUUCUAGUCAGGGUUGCAGUCCGCCUUUUUCGCAUUCCCGACACGGAGACAGCGACAGGCACUUUGUCGCCAGCAUGUCGCGCUACGGUCCAAAAUAUUUCCACGAUUUUGUGAAUUUCCAAUCUGACAGCGCCAUAAGGAAGUAUCCCCCUAUCCGGACCUCACACAGCUCACAGUCACAGAAGACGGGCGACGACCUGGAGAUCGUGAAAGAGUUUCUUGCGGACGGCCGUGCGAUCGACGCGCAGAGGAAGUUCUUGAGCCCCUCCGACGUGAAGAAACGCAUGUCUAUCAACCGGAAAAACUAGCUAUCGCCGCAUAUUGAAAUACAACAAAGAGAAUGGGCAGAAUCGGGGGCAGCAUUUAUUGCAUUGCAUAAGGAAAAGGAAAAGCUCAUCAGCAUGCUAGUGGCUCACCCAAGGCCAUGGCCGGUUUUCCUUUGUAUGUAAUCCAUUUUUGCAUGUCGUAUGUGAACAUGCGCUAGCUUCUUUCACGAGGAUAAUAUACUGGCGGUAUAAGAACAGCAUUCCAGUCAAUUUUCGCCCACGCAAGAUCGCAGGCUCACAAACAACCUCUGAGGUCAUUUUGGAGGAAACCAGAGGACGGAGCCGACGGGUCUCUUUCGAGGAGCAGGAAUUCACUGGAACAGUGGGCGACACGAAACUAGAAGACGUGCGGCACGAAGAGGAGGAGGAUGCAGCAGUGGUCAGUGAUCGAGCUCCUGGUGCUCGUGGAGUCCUACUUGCAUCUCCUCGCCAAGGACCUCCUUCCGUUCGCAACCGUCCCGACCUGGUUCGAUUUCCUUCCCCCCCUUCAGCCAGCGAAAACUAUAGAAGCAGCAAUGUUGAUGUUCUUCAUUUUGAUGAAGUCGGAAGCGUGUUUUCCGAAACCGAUUCUGAGGAGGAGGAGGCACGCGCGCACUAUGUUCGGAAAUUUGUGCGGGCUUCUUUUCUCUGGCGGCAUUCCUGGCGAAUUCUCGUCAGCCUGAUCCUGCUCACUGUCGCCGGCUGGAAUCUCGCAGCUUUGCCCCUGUUGCAAGAUCGCAAAUCGGACUACUGGAAUCCGGACGAUCAUUUGUUCGUAUUUUCGCCACUGUUUGGCUUCGUUGUGUUGCUUAUUUUUUUCUUCUGGGUGCUACUUUGCUGGCCGAGAUGCGCAGCAGACUGA